CGGCUGGGCGCGCACUGCCGGGAUGGACGGCGAGCGCCUGGCAUCGGGCUCCUCGGAGCUGGCGGUCGGGGAGAGCCCGCGGGGCGGCGCCCCGAUUCCGAGUGGCAGCGGUUCCUGCAGCCUGCUGCAGGCCGAUGUGCUGGAUCUGGACGAGGACGAGGACGACCUGGAGGUGUUCAGUAAGGAUGCCUCACUGAUGGACAUGAACUCAUUUAGCCCUAUGAUGCCAAUAUCCCCUUUGUCGAUGAUAAACCAAAUCAAGUUUGAAGAUGGACCAGAUUUAAAGGAUCUCUUCAUUACAGUUGAUGCACCUGAGAGUCAUGUCACUACAAUUGAAACUUUCGUCACUUACAGGAUCAUAACCAAGACAUCUCGUGGGGAGUUUGAUUCCAGUGAAUUUGAAGUCAGGCGACGUUAUCAAGAUUUCCUUUGGUUGAAGGGUAAACUGGAAGAAGCACACCCCACACUCAUUAUUCCCCCAUUGCCAGAAAAGUUUAUCGUGAAAGGCAUGGUGGAACGCUUCAACGAUGACUUCAUUGAGACCCGCAGGAAGGCACUGCACAAGUUUUUGAACAGGAUCGCCGACCAUCCAACUUUAACAUUUAAUGAGGAUUUCAAGGUUUUCCUCACUGCACAAGCCUGGGAACUCUCUUCCUAUAAGAAGCAAGGGCCUGGCCUGCUGAGCAGGAUGGGGCAGACAGUCAGAGCCGUGGCAUCUUCCAUGCGAGGAGUGAAGAACCGGCCAGAUGAGUUCAUGGAGAUGAAUAACUUCAUUGAAACCUUCAGCCAGAAAAUAAACUUAAUAGAUAAAAUAUCUCAGAGGAUUUACAAGGAAGAAAGGGACUAUUUUGAUGAAAUGAAAGAAUACGGCCCUAUUCAUAUUCUCUGGUCAGCCUCAGAAGAAGACCUGGUUGAUACGCUGAAAGGCAUUGCCAGCUGCAUUGAGCAGUGCUGUAAGGCCACGGAGAAGCGGAUGUCUGGCCUGUCAGAGGCCUUGCUCCCUGUCGUCCAUGAGUAUGUGCUUUACAGUGAGAUGUUAGUGGGUGUCAUGAAAAGAAGAGAUCAAAUACAAACAGAACUGGAUUCCAAAGUUGAAGCUUUGACCUACAAAAAAGCAGAUGCUGACCUGUGCCUUGCUACAUGGGAAUCAUUCCUCACAUCACAGACUGAUCUCCCCUUGGAAGAAGACUCUGAAGAUAAACUUUAAUCCUAUGGAAGGCUCCUGUUUGAUCUUUGAGAGACAGCAUCUAUCAACCAAAGUUAUUUUUUCUGGAUUGGCUUUGCCCUUUAUAAAGAAGAUGACAAAUGAUUUUGCACUGUCUGGAAAACCAACAACUUAAAAACUCAGGUAUUCCAGGUCAUCAAGGUGAAUUUGUGGUAUAAAUAUAUCUAUCUAGAUAUAUAGGUCUAUUAUGUGAUAUAUAUUCUAUAGAUCUAUAAAUCUGUUAUAUGGAUAGAUAUUUAUCUAUUGUCUAUGUGGAUAGGAAGAUAUUUGGUGUAAUUUUAAUUAUGUUCUUAAAUUUAUGUGCCAUUAAUUACAUAUAGAGGUUUUUUUUCUUACGUAUUUUACUGUGGAAUAUUAAAUUUUUCAGUAUGUUGCAAAGACUUGGUUUUAAUAAAAUCUUUAAUAAGAAAUGGGUGUCUAUGAUGUGUUCAUUUUCUCUCAGAGGUAAAUCUUCUGAAACAGUUUUAACAUUAAUUCAUUAUGUAUUAUUAAGCAUAUUAUGCAUGUACUUUAAUGUCAUCAUAAUUUACUUUGAUAUUAAGAGUUUGAAGUAAAUGUACAAAAUUAUUAAACAUGAAUAACAGAUGUUUAAAAUUUUAUUAAAUAAAGUGAUUGUUUUCAACAAUGUAAAAAUUUUCCAAAGUAGGUUUAAGUUAUUAUUUGUCUUAUUAUUUAGACAUUGCCAUACAACCUAUUCACAGUAAUAGAGUCUCUUUUUUUGUAAAUUUUUGCAUAUCUUUACAACUUACAUCCAGCUUUUAUUUUUAAUGCAUGCAGCAUCUUGAGU